CAGUCAGUCUCUCUCACACACACACUCAUGGAUUAUUACCUUCAUCUCCUGCUGCUGCUGUGGACCUGCAGCCUGCUGCCAGAUCUUCAGCUCUGCUUCAACUUCGACACAAAGAACUUCAAGAUCUUCUCGGGUUCUAAAGAAAACCAGUUUGGGUACACAGUCCAGCAGCACGAGGCAAGAGGACGCCAGUGGCUGCUGGUGGGAGCUCCCUUUGAAUCCACGGGGAAGCAACAGACCGGGGAUGUGUACCGAUGUCCGCUGGACACCAGACGCUCAGCAAACUGCUCCAGACUGCAGCUGGGGAAUCUUUCUCUGGACAACGUGUCAGAGAGGAAAGAAAAGAUGCGUCUGGGAAUGACGCUGACCUCCAACCCUAAAGACGACAGCUUCGUGACGUGCGGUCCUCUCUGGUCUCAUGAAUGUGGAAGUUCUCUGUACAGCACGGGGAUCUGCACCAGAGUCAGCCGGAACUUCAGACUGUCACACACCAUCACACCCGCCCUGCAGAGGUGUGAGACGUUCAUGGACAUCGUGAUCGUCCUGGAUGGUUCUAACUCGAUCUACCCGUGGUACGAGGUUCAGGACUUCCUCAUCAACAUCCUGCAAAAGUUCUACAUCGGCCCAGGUCAGACGCAGGUGGGCGUGAUUCAGUACGGCUCCACGGUGGUCCAUGAGUUCAGUCUGGGUGAGUACCAGACGGUGGAGAAGGUGGUGGAGGCCGCGAGGAGCAUCAACCAGAGGGGCGGCGAGGAGACGAGGACGGCGCUGGGCAUAAACGUAGCUCGAUCUCAGGCGUACAAGCGUGGAGGGCGACCAGGGGCUCAGAAGGUGAUGGUCGUGAUCACUGAUGGAGAGUCUCACGACAGUCCACAGCUGCUGCAGGCCGUCGCUGACAGCGAGAAGGACAACAUCACCAUGUACGCCAUCGCUGUUCUUGGUUAUUACAACCGAAGAGGUAUCAACCCUGAAGCCUUUCUCAAGGAAAUCAAGUUCAUCGCCAGCGACCCGGAUGAGAAGCACUUCUUCAAUGUGACGGAUGAGUCAUCGCUGAAGGACAUCGUGGACGCCUUAGGAGAGAGAAUCUUCUCUCUGGAGGGAACCAGCAGUCAGGGUCAACGCUUUGGUCUGCAGAUGGCUCAGGCCGGUUUCUCCUCACAUUUAGUCAAAGAUGGGGUUCUGCUCGGGGCGGUCGGUGCCUACGACUGGAACGGUGCCGUGCUGAAAGACACCAAACAUGGGAAGGUCGUUCCACCAAAGUCCUCCUACAAGGACGAGUUUCCAGACGAGCUGAAGAACCACGCAGCAUAUCUGGGAUACUCAGUUGGUUCGCUCAUUUCAUCUGGAGGGGCUCAGAUCUACGUGGCUGGAGCUCCGAGGUUCAACCACACCGGGAAGGUCAUCAUCUUCACACUGAGAAACACGGGAAACCUGACCAUCCUGCAAGCUCUGCUGGGAGAGCAGAUCGGGUCGUAUUUCGGCAGUGAGUUGUUAUCGAUGGACGUGGAUGAAGACGGACUGACAGACGUCCUCCUGGUGGCAGCACCCAUGUUCUACAGCCAAGGCUGGGAGAGAGGGAAGGUGUACAUCUACACUGUUACACCCCAGACAUCUUUCAUCCUGCAGGGGGCCCUGGAGGUUACUGAGCGUUCUCAGAACUCCAGGCUGGGUUCAGCAUUGGCUCAGAUACCCGACAUGAACGGAGACGGGUUCAGGGAGAUGGUGGUAGGAGCACCGCUGGAGGACGACCACCAGGGGGCAGUCUAUGUUUUUUACGGUCAGGACAAAACCAUCCAACCGCAGUACAGACAGCGUCUGUCUGCUGCUGGUUUCUCUGCUGGCCUGCUGUAUUUCGGUCAAAGUCUUCACGGUGUGUUGGACGUCAACGGAGACGGGCUGGUUGACCUCGCAGUGGGAGCACAGGGGGCUGCCAUCAUUGUCUGGUCUCGUGGUGUGGUGAGGAUUCAGGCCAAGCUGACCUUUGAACCUGAGAAAGUCAACAUCUUUAACAAAGACUGUCGGCGAGGAGGGAAGGAGGUCACCUGCAUGUCUGUCAUCGUGUGCCUGACUCUGGACUCCAUGACAAAGACCAGGACAAAGACCAGAGCGGAUGUUGCCGCGUGGUACAGUCUGGUGUUAGAUGAGAGGCGUUUUCCUCCUCGAGCUGUUCUGGACGAAUCAGCUCGACAGCAGCCCAGGAGUCUGUUUCUGCAGGCUGGAGUUCAGAGCUGCCAGCGCCUCGGCUUCUCCAUCCAGGAAACGACAGAUUAUGGACGUCCCAUUUCUGUUGUCUUGGAGACGGGUCUGCAGAGCCCAGAUGAGGGGCCUGUGUUGGAUCCUGAUUGGCCGAGCAUCCUGAGGGCUGAGCUUCCUUACUGGAACGGCUGUGAGCAGGAGGACAUCUGCGUUCCUGACCUCAUCCUGGGCAGUCACACUGACCUCAUGGAUAUUCAGCAGUUCUGCAGCUCCAGGGAGCGGGCCACCUGGUCAGCCUGCAGCCAUCAGGGGGCAUCAGAGUACUCGGUGUACUUGGUGGAGACUGGGCGGAGGAGGGUGAUGGUGUUUGCUCAACUGGAGAAUCAGGGAGAGAACGCCUACGGAGCAUCAAUUCAGAUAUCCACCUCCUCCAACCUCCUCUUCUCUAGCCUCAUAGUCAAGGACCAGUCAGACAUUCAGAUUGAAUGCUACUCCCAGGACAGACCAGCCAAUCAGAGGAGCUGUAACAUCAGCGCUCCAUUCAUGAAGUCCUUGUCUCAGGUAUCUUUCCGUCUUGAGUUUGAGUUCAGCCAUUCUGUGUUCCUGGAUCACUUACGAGUCGUCAUGGCAACCAGCAGUGAAGGAGAAGAGCGUUACCCGGACAACAACAUCAAUGACAUCUUCCUCCCUCUAAAGUACCAAACUGACCUCCUCUUCACCAGAGAUCCAAACCCUCCUCGAUUUGAAAUCAGAGCUGACGGAUCGUCUUCAUCGAGGGACCAACAAGACAGCAGCUCUUCCACCUUCAACCUCAUUUAUUAUAUCCAGAACUUGGGCAUCUUCUCAGUGCAGGAUAUCCUGUUCAGAGCUGACAUCUGGGCUGUGACAGGAUCGGGGAACCAGCUGGUGAACAUCACAGACUACACCAUCGAGCAGCAGGUAGCUGGGUCUCACUGCAUACUGCCUCAACAGAGAACAAGCAGUCGGGUUACAGCUGAGGAUUUGUCUCCUCUGUCACAGCUGAACCACAGUAACAGCGUGAGCGUGGCGGUGCAGUGCAGACUGAACCUGCCGGCGUCCAGAGAGAUGAAAGUAACACUCCGAGGAAAACUUAAACUUCCUGCUCUGCUCGCGGUAAGCUUCCGGUCCUUGGAGUUACUGACUGCAGCGUCCAUCCAGCUGGAAGCUUCCAGUCCCAUGUUUCUCCAGGAGGACCGACCUGUCAGACAGAUAAUCCUGGAGCUCAGGAAGGAGGAAGAUCACAGCAUCCCUUUUUGGAUUAUACUGGGGAGCUCACUGGGAGGCCUGCUGCUCCUGGCUUUACAGGUGCUGGCCCUGUGGAAGCUCGGCUUCUUCAACAGACGGAGGAGACAGGAAGAGGAGUUGCAGCCGGUAGCCAAUGGGAAGGCAGCAGAGGAGCUAUAACGUGCAGGCGACGAUGAUGCUGCAUCGGUCGAUUCUUGUCAACUUUUAAAGUCGACUCCUGCACCUGAAUGGGUUCGAUCCCCACAGGUGUUUGGAGUUUAACACCACUGAGAGGUUCAAAUGACUCAAGGCAGACAAAAAUCAGACGCUUUGAGCUGGUAAAAGUUUAAUGACGGAGGAUAUCUCACAUAUGUGAGAUGUGACUUUAAACUCAGAGAUCUGUUUACAGAUUAAAAUAAUGAAAAGGAAGAAAGAAAGUUGAGGAAGUCAGAAGUAUGACUUUGGGGGAUGAAAAAAAUAAUAAGUGCAAACGGUCAAAAUAAAAAGCAGAAUUAGAAUUUAUUUAUAGAAUAAAGUUUGGAUUCAGGUCAAAAUUUCAAACUUCAAAUCUUACAAGUCCAAUCAGUAAAAUGUGUAGUGAGUGAAAUGAUAAAGUGAGCUUACUAUAUGAUCAGACAUUAAGGAAACAUGCUAUGUUGAAGUGCUGGCUUCCCUGACAACAAUGCAGCAGCCAGUAUGUCCUCCUUCUAACUUUAGAGUCUGGUCCUGAAUGCUCUGGAUUUGUUUGGACCAGAGGACUGGGAGCCUCAUUUGCCAACACGUUGGACUUUACGAAUUGAUGAAAAUCACCUGAAUGCAUCACAAGCCUUCAUCGUCACUCAGGGAUCCUGAUGCCCCACCCCUAAAACCGUUGUUAACCUGAAAAGGAUCUGAAUGCAGCCUCCUGUCCGCUCGGUUCGGCUGUAAAGAUGUUUUAUGAAAACAUUUAAAGACAACAACUAAGAAAUUAUGUCUGAGUACAAACCCGGAGUUCUGACGCUCAGUCUUCUGAUAGGAACGAGUUUGAUAAAAUGUUUAAUUCACAUAAAAAAAUAUGAAAAUCAAAACCAACUGAGAUUAAAAGAAUGUCAUAGAAAUAGCCGACACAACACAUGACUACCUACGAUGGCUGAUUUCAUUCUUUUUUAUACUAAUGUAAACUGUAAAUGCAUCUUAUGGACGCUUCCUGUAUAUUAUUUUGAAAUUUAUAUCUGACGCACUUUUGUUGUAUAAAGACAAACUUGAACUUUUUGUAAAUACACUAAUGUUUGAUGUAUGAAGGACUGUGACAUUACAGUUUGACAUGAAGCUGUAGUUUUUACAGUCUGUACUGAUGUGUGAUGCUGUCGGGUGUUUUAAAUGUUCGCUUCUUGUGUUAAUAAAGGAAUAAAGCGUGAAAUGUAA